UGGUACAUUCCUCGAUCUUGGGCCCACGAUGCCAGCUCGACACCAAGAUGCGACACUGCCACUGACAUUAUCGACGCUGCUGAGUGCGCUCUCCUCCUCGCCCUCGCCAAUGAAGCCUUCCUCGACAACACGCAAAUCCCUCUCAUUUCCCACCAAACGUCUCGCUCGGCUGAUCCAGCGACAUGGUCUUCUCUCGUCCGCCGUUGCGUCGAGCGAUGGCUGGCGGCUGCCAUGAUCCCUCAUGACGCAGGUGCAGAGAUGGCAUGGUUCAUGUGGGACGAUGCCGGGCUGGAUGCGAUGAUGCAGAAGUAUGAAAGUCACUUCUACCCAGCUUUCUCGAGCCUCCCUUAUCCGGUGGAGAAGGCCGAUGCGUUUCGUAUCUUGGUACUGAAGUGGUUCGGUGGUGUCUACGGCGAUAUUGACUCUCAACCGUUGAGACAUCCAUCGAAGUGGGUACAGGCAAGGGACCUCGAAGCCUGGACCGAUGAGCGAGGGCACAAACAUGCACAUCGUCAGACACCACACACUGUCAACGCCAUCUUUGGGAUCGAAGCCGACAAUCCUGCCGAACCUGACGAUGCAUACUGGCGAAUGGGCUACACCUAUCCCGUGCAGCUCACAAAUUGGGCAUUGGCGAUGACUCCACACCAUGCUGUUGCAGAUCGUUUCCUUGUCGCGCUGACCUCGAGGAUCCGGGAUGAUGAGGAUGACCUCCCUCGCAUCGAUCCGUUGGACAUCACCGGUCCUCCAGCGUUGACCCGAGUGGUCAAAGAGUAUGCGGAGAAGAACGAGGCCGAUUUCGAAUGGCAGUCACUGUCGAGCCGAAGUGGCCAUCCAGGCGGGCGUGCCAAGAUUGUCGCGGGUGACAUUUUGAUCCUUCCAAUCACUGGUUUCAGCCCUGGUCGCGGACGAAUCGGAAACAUGGGCAGCCAGUCUACAGGCCACCCAGCUGCACGACUACAACACAUGGCCGCAGGUUCCUGGCGCAAGGCUGACCUGCAGGUCGAGUACGGCAAAUUCUGUCGGACAGUAUUUGGCUUGUGUCGGGAGUGGAGCAAGUUUCCCGAUCCUUGA